AAACGAGUGGUGUAAGGUGCUGUGCCUUUAAGGGCAGUGUGUUUGUUUAGAACCUCCUCCUCUCUCCCUCUCUGUAGCUGCAAUGUGCUGUUAGUUAGCAGGCAGGCUGAGGAGCAGCAUGUGCAGUGCUAUAUACACAAGCUGGUUAUGCAGAGGAUACAAUAAACUUCAUACAAAAUACCUGCCUGCUGCUUCACUGCCAUUUACUGCAUGAGCUAAACCUAAGGAUAUCAGUGUUAUAGUAACAACAGGAGGAAAAGACAGAUACAGAAAUUCAUCCACUGAAGGAUUUGCUCUUUCUUGCUACUGAAGGCAAAAUCCCGUUCAACUCAGUGCCCUUUGCCUGGAAUAUACAAGCUUGAUCACAGAGGACACAAGUUGCUUUUUUUUUCUAUUAUAUAUAUUUUCUUUUUGUCAAUUUUAGAAGUGUGUGCACUAAACAUGCGUUUUGGGUGAGCAAGUACUGUGUUGUGUUCCUCCAGAUUUGCAAACUUGCAAAUUAAAAACAAAGAUCAGAGCAAGACUGGCUGCUCAGAAAACAAUCACUCGCUGCUCUCUUUCUCUGUGUGUGUUUUGGGGAAUUCUUACCGAAUGUUAGCUGGGUUUGUGAAGAAGAAGAUGUGCGGAAUUGGGUUCUGGAAGCUUUCAAUUUCUGUGGGGUUAGUGUUGGUUAUACUGAGCGAGGUAGCACCUCAACCCUGCCCAGCUCAGUGCUCCUGCACAGGCACCACGGUGGACUGUCAUGGGUUGGCUCUUCGUAGUGUGCCGCGGAACAUCCCCAGGAACACGGAGCGAUUAGACCUGAAUGGGAAUAAUCUCACAAGAAUCACCAAAACUGAUUUUGCUGGUUUAAGACAUAUUCGUGUAUUGCAGCUUAUGGAAAACAAAAUUAGCACAAUUGAACGGGGAGCAUUUCAAGAUAUGAAGGAACUGGAAAGAUUACGGCUAAACAGAAACAAUCUUCAAGUCUUUCCUGAGUUGCUUUUUCUGGGAACUCCAAAACUUUACAGACUUGAUCUCAGCGAGAACCAGAUCCAGGCAAUCCCAAGAAAGGCAUUUCGGGGAGCGGUAGAUAUUAAAAAUUUGCAGCUGGAUUAUAACCAGAUAAGCUGUAUUGAAGAUGGAGCGUUCAGAGCUCUGCGCGACCUGGAAGUGCUCACUCUCAACAAUAACAACAUCACUCGGCUUUCGGUGGCGAGCUUUAACCACAUGCCUAAACUUAGAACUUUCCGACUUCACUCCAACAAUUUAUAUUGCGAUUGCCACCUUGCAUGGUUAUCGGACUGGCUGCGACAGAGGCCCCGCGUUGGCCUUUAUACUCAAUGCAUGGGACCAACUCACUUGAGAGGGCAUAAUGUGGCAGAGGUUCAGAAAAGGGAAUUCAUCUGCAAUGGCCAGCAGUCAUACGUGGCUUCCUCAUGCAGUGUUUUGCAUUGCCCAGCUGCGUGUACAUGUAGCAAUAAUAUUGUAGAUUGCCGUGGAAAAGGAUUGACCGAAAUUCCAACCAACCUUCCAGAGACAAUAACAGAAAUGAGAUUAGAGCAAAACUCAAUCAAGAUCAUACCACCAGGGGCAUUUUCACCAUAUAAAAAACUAAGAAGAAUUGAUUUAAGCAACAACCAGAUAUCUGAAAUAGCCCCAGAUGCUUUUCAAGGAUUACGAUCCCUCAACUCCCUUGUUCUGUAUGGAAAUAAAAUUACAGAGCUUCCCAAAAACUUGUUUGAAGGACUUUUUGCAUUACAACUUCUAUUACUCAAUGCCAACAAGAUAAAUUGUUUGCGGGUAGAUGCUUUCCAAGAUUUACAAAACCUGAACCUUCUUUCUUUAUAUGACAACAAACUUCAGACCAUUGCCAAAGGCACAUUUUCGCCACUCCGUGCUAUUCAGACUUUGCAUCUGGCUCAGAACCCGUUUAUCUGUGACUGCCAUCUGAAGUGGCUGGCGGAUUAUCUUCAUACAAACCCUAUUGAGACAAGUGGUGCCCGUUGUACCAGCCCCCGCAGACUGGCAAACAAAAGGAUCGGGCAGAUCAAAAGCAAGAAAUUCCGCUGCUCAGGCACAGAAGAUUACAGAUCCAAGCUGAGUGGAGAUUGUUUUGCCGACCUGGCUUGCCCUGAGAAAUGCCGCUGUGAAGGAACAACAGUGGACUGCUCCAAUCAAAAACUUUCCAAAAUCCCUGAUCACAUUCCCCAGUACACUGCCGAGUUGCGUCUGAAUAACAAUGAAUUUACGGUCUUGGAAGCAACAGGGAUCUUCAAGAAACUUCCUCAACUACGAAAAAUAAAUCUGAGCAAUAACAAGAUUACAGAUAUUGAAGAAGGGGCAUUCGAAGGAGCCGGUGGUGUGAACGAGUUGCUAUUGACCAGUAACCGGUUGGAAAAUGUUCGCCACAAGAUAUUUAAGGGCCUGGAGGGACUAAAAACAUUGAUGCUUAGGAGCAAUCGCAUUAGCUGUGUCAGUAACGACAGCUUUACCGGACUGAGCUCAGUCCGCUUGCUCUCUCUCUAUGACAAUCAGAUCACUACAGUCGCUCCUGGUGCUUUUGAUACAUUACAUUCUCUGUCUACAUUGAAUCUGUUAGCAAAUCCUUUCAAUUGCAACUGCCAUCUAGCUUGGUUGGGAGACUGGCUUAGGAAGAAACGAAUUGUAACUGGUAAUCCACGGUGUCAAAAACCGUUCUUCUUAAAGGAAAUUCCCAUACAGGAUGUUGCAAUUCAAGACUUCACCUGUGAUGAUGGAAAUGAUGAUAACAGCUGUUCGCCACUGUCGCGCUGUCCGGCAGAGUGUACCUGUUUAGAUACCGUAGUCCGCUGCAGUAACAAAGGCCUGAAGACCCUACCUAAAGGCAUCCCCAAAGAGGUUACAGAACUAUACUUGGACGGAAAUCAAUUUCCUCUUGUUCCCAAGGAGCUGUCUAAUUACAAGCACUUAACACUUAUAGACCUGAGCAACAAUCGAAUCAGCACUUUAUCUAACCAGAGCUUCAGCAACAUGACACAGCUGCUUACACUGAUUCUUAGUUACAAUCGUCUCAGAUGUAUUCCACUCAAGGCAUUUGAUGGUUUAAAGUCUCUUCGACUCUUAUCUUUGCAUGGUAACAACAUUUCUGCCAUACCUGAAGGAGCAUUCAGCGACCUUACAGCUUUGUCACAUCUUGCAAUCGGAGCAAAUCCUCUAUAUUGUGACUGUAAUCUACAGUGGCUUUCAGAUUGGGUAAAGUCUGAAUAUAAAGAACCUGGUAUUGCCAGAUGUACUGGACCAGGAGAAAUGGCAGAUAAACUUCUCCUCACAACCCCGUCAAAAAAAUUUACUUGUCAUGGACCAGUUGACAUUAAUAUUCUUGCCAAAUGUAAUCCAUGCCUAUCCAAUCCAUGCAAAAAUGAUGGUACCUGCAACAAUGAUCCUGUCGACUUCUACAGGUGUACAUGCCCAUACGGGUUCAAGGGACAAGAUUGUAAUAUCCCAAUACAUGCUUGCAUUAGUAACCCGUGCAACAAUGGGGGAACCUGCCACUUAAAGGAAGGAGAGAAAGAUGGCUUUUGGUGUACUUGCGCAGACGGAUUUGAAGGCGAAAACUGUGAGGUUAACAUAGACGACUGCGAAGAUAAUGAUUGUGAGAAUAAUUCAACUUGCGUUGAUGGCAUCAACAAUUACACAUGCCUUUGCCCAGUGGAAUACACAGGUGAGCUUUGUGAAGAGAAAUUGGACUUAUGUGCUCAGGAAGUGAACCCAUGUCAGCAUGACUCAAAAUGCAUUCUGACUUCUAAGGGAUAUAAAUGCGAUUGUACUCCUGGUUUUGCUGGAGAACACUGUGACAUAGAUUACGAUGACUGCCAAGAAAAUAAAUGUAGAAAUGGAGGGAAAUGCAUUGAUGCAGUUAAUGGUUACACAUGCAUCUGCCCUGAUGGCUACAGUGGCCUGUUCUGUGAAUCUUCACCUCCUAUAGUGUUUCCUCGCACAAGUCCGUGUGACAAUUUUGAGUGUCAAAAUGGAGCUCAGUGUAUUGUGAAAGGAAAUGAGCCAUCUUGCCAGUGUGUGUCUGGUUACCAGGGAAACAAAUGUGAAAAGCUUGUUAGUGUAAAUUUUGUGAAUAAGGAUUCAUACUUGCAAAUUCCAUCAACUAAAGGCCGUACUCAAACCAACAUCACCCUACAGGUUGCCACUGAUGAAGAGAGUGGAAUUUUGCUGUAUAAAGGUGACAAGGACCAUGUGGCAGUAGAAUUAUACCGUGGAAGAGUACGAGUUAGUUAUGACACUGGAGUUUACCCAUCUUCUGCCAUUUACAGUGUUGAGACAAUAAAUGACGGAAAUUUUCAUAUUGUGGAAUUAAUCAAUUUGGAUCAAACAUUAUCUUUAAUUGUUGAUGGAGGAAGCCCAAAAACCAUCACAAACUUAUUGAAGCAAUCUACACUAAACUUUGACUCUCCACUUUAUAUAGGAGGCAUGCCCAUAAAAAAUAAUGUUGCUGUUCUUCGACAAUCUCCCGGACAAAAUGGAACUAACUUCCAAGGUUGCAUUCGCAAUCUGUUCAUCAACAAUGAAUUGCAGGACUUUAAAAAGCUAAAUCUACAAGUGGGAAUUCUCCCUGGCUGUGAGCCUUGUCAUAAAAAGGUCUGCGUACACGGUACCUGCCAGAGUACAAGCCAGUCUGGCUUUACCUGCGAAUGUGACGGAGGAUGGACAGGACAGCUUUGUGACCAGCAAUCCAAUGACCCUUGCUUGGGAAACAAGUGUAUCCAUGGAACCUGCCUUCCAAUCAAUGCCUUCUCAUAUAGCUGUAAAUGUCUACAUGGCUUUGGGGGAGUCCUGUGUGAUGAAAGUGAAGACCAACACAACCCUUGUCUGUCUAUUAAGUGCAAACAUGGGAAAUGCAGACUUUCUGGUCUAGGAAAACCAUAUUGUGAAUGCAACAGUGGGUACACUGGAGAUAGCUGUGAUAAAGAAAUCUCUUGUCGAGGGGAACGGGUCAGAGAUUACUACCAAAAGCAGCAAGGUUAUGCAGCUUGCCAGACGACCGAGAAGGUAUCGAGAUUAGAAUGCAAAGGAGCAUGCUCAAAUGGGCAUUGCUGUGGACCACUGAGAAGCAAGAGACGGAAAUACGCUUUUGAAUGCACAGAUGGCUCCUCAUUUGUGGACGAGGUUGAAAAAGUCAUAAAGUGUGGCUGUACAAAGUGCCCCUCCUAAAUAUGUAGCUGUCACACAUCCUUUGAAAAUGUUUGUAUACUGUGUUGGACUAAUUAAAACUUCAUAGUGGAAAUAUUUGAAUUAUAUUGUAAUAUACAGAAACAAACUUAUUUUUAUUAUAAUAAAAAGACAUUUUUUUUCUUGCAAAAAAAAAAAAAUCAGCGCUAAGACUUUAACUUCUUGUAAACAAGAGGAGCUGUUAAUGGAACACAGACACAUUUUUGGAGAAAAUACCUUGAGGGGGGAACUUAAAUGCUGUUGGCUGGAAUUUUUUUUUUACAAAUUUUAAGCUAAUACCAAUAUUGUCUGCAUUUUGUGAUAAAUUGCUGGCACAAUCUGGAAAACAAUGUUCAAGAAACUCUAAUUGGCUUUUACAUAUCAACAUUUUUUUCAAAUCGGAAUUGGUGUACUGGAGUACUCCUUUGUCAAAGGAACUUUUAGGUGACAAGGGAUCAAGAAGAUUUGUAAAAGGAGCAUGUCUGGAUUAAACAAGCUACAUUAUUUUGUACACUGUGCAUAUUUUACCAACUCCAGAAAAAGAUCAACGGCUGGGACUGAAAAUCUGACUCAAUUAGCUUUCUGGUCGUGAAUAUCUUUGUCUCAAGAUAGCACAAGAAACUUACCGAAAAGUUCAGCUCCCCCCCUUUUCCAGUAUUAUUUUUUUUUUAAAUAAAUAUUAACUGGGCCAACUAAUAGAUAGUUUAAUUAGAAUAAUUAUGUUCAUAAAUGUUAUUUACAGUAUUCAGGUUGAAUGAGAAGUAUUUAUUGUAUCAAAGUACAUCAUUCUUAAAAUUUUUAGACCCUCUCUUUUAAUUUUUUUUUUCAAUGCUUUAAUAUAUAUUAAUUUAUAUUUUCCAGGUAUUUUCUAUUAUGGUAAACAAUAAAAUUAGAAGUCAGGGUUUUUUUUGUUUUUUGUUUUUUUUUGUAAGAGGACUAACCGCAAAAUUAUCUUGGGUGUAUAUGUUUCGUCUGAUUAUCACUCACUAAUAACUAAUAUAGUUGUCUAACUGGCAGUGCGUUAAGUGAAACAGAUGUUCAGGACACAUCCCGAGAGCGUAAAUAUGUACACUACAAAAUGUCUUUUUGACUAGGUAUAAAUUGUAUAGAAGUGAUUUCCCUACAUAUAAUAUAAAUAUAUAUUUACUUAAAAAUAAAAUUGUGUUUAGAAAAGAAAUGACACUAGUCUUUAGAAAUUUGAUAAAUUAAUACUCCCCCCGAUUAUUUUUUUUUUUUUUUACCUUGCUUUUAGAGAAUAUACUGUCAAAAACUGUGAUGUAUUCCCAUAAUAAAACUACUUUAGUACCAUGUGGUCCUUAUGUUACUAUGUGCUGCUAAACUACGGUAUAUAAUUGGUAAUUAUUUGUAGUGGGCUCUGUUUCUCCCAUUUGUAAAAAAAAAAGAAAAACAAAUGUUAAAAAGAAUUAUUAAACCCAGGGCACUCUGUACAAAUACAGAUUUUAUGUUCGACAUGUUCUUUUUUUUAUUUAAAAAAAAUAAUUAGUUGUUCAUGUACAAUGCAGUGUGACUUGUUUAUUUUUAACUUUUUUUUUUUGGACUGAUAUCAGUAAUUUUACUGAUGUUUGUAAAUUAAACAGGUAUUACGUCAACCAUA